UGGCCAAGAAACGGAAGGAGACCAUGAGCAGCACCCGGCAGGAGAUGACUGUGAUGGUGAACUCAAUGGACAAGAGCUAUGCCGAGCAAGGCACAAACUGCGAUGAAGCUUUCUCAUUCAUGGACACGCACAAUCUAAAUGGGAGAUCUGUGUCUUCACCAUCAUCCUUUACAAUGAAAACAAAUACACUGAGCACGUCGGUGCCUAAUUCCUAUUACCCAGACCCAUUUGUGCCAACUGCAAUUUUAGUGCCAAUAAAUGAUGAAACCCACACUAUGGCAAGUGACACCAGCAGCCUCGUGCAGUCCCAUACCUACAAAAAGCGUGAGCCGGCCGACGUGCCAUACCAGACUGGGCAGCUGCACCCCGCCAUCCGCGUGGCAGACCUCCUUCAACACAUCACACAGAUGAAGUGUGCUGAGGGCUACGGCUUCAAGGAGGAGUAUGAGAGCUUCUUUGAAGGGCAAUCUGCACCAUGGGACUCAGCUAAGAAAGAUGAGAACAGAAUGAAGAACAGAUAUGGGAAUAUCAUUGCAUAUGAUCAUUCCCGGGUGAGGCUACAGACAAUAGAAGGCGACACUAACUCAGACUAUAUCAAUGGAAAUUAUAUUGAUGGUUAUCAUCGACCCAAUCAUUAUAUUGCUACCCAAGGGCCUAUGCAGGAGACCAUCUAUGACUUCUGGAGGAUGGUUUGGCAUGAAAACACUGCAAGCAUCAUCAUGGUGACCAACCUUGUGGAAGUGGGAAGGGUCAAAUGCUGCAAAUACUGGCCAGAUGACACAGAGAUCUAUAAAGACAUUAAAGUCACCCUAAUAGAAACAGAACUACUGGCAGAAUAUGUGAUAAGAACAUUUGCUGUUGAAAAGGGAGGGGCCGGAAGUGAAGCAAACUGCAGUCCAUCCAGAGAAGUGUCACAGAGAGGCGUUCAUGAAAUCCGAGAGAUCAGACAGUUUCACUUCACUGGCUGGCCGGAUCAUGGGGUCCCCUACCAUGCCACCGGCCUGCUGGGAUUUGUGCGGCAGGUCAAAUCCAAGAGCCCACCCAAUGCAGGCCCAUUGGUUGUACACUGUAGUGCUGGUGCAGGGAGGACUGGCUGUUUCAUCGUCAUCGAUAUCAUGUUGGACAUGGCCGAAAGAGAAGGGGUGGUAGACAUUUACAACUGUGUCAGGGAGCUGCGGUCACGGAGAGUGAACAUGGUACAAACAGAGGAACAAUACGUAUUUAUCCAUGAUGCCAUCCUGGAAGCCUGCCUUUGUGGAGAUACCUCUGUUCCUGCUUCCCAAGUUAGGUCCCUGUAUUAUGACAUGAACAAACUAGAUCCACAGACAAAUUCAAGCCAGAUUAAAGAGGAAUUCCGGACCCUAAAUAUGGUGACGCCGACGCUGCGCGUGGAAGACUGCAGCAUCGCGCUUUUGCCCCGGAACCAUGAGAAGAACCGGUGCAUGGACAUCCUGCCCCCAGACCGCUGCCUGCCCUUCCUCAUCACCAUCGACGGGGAGAGCAGCAACUACAUCAAUGCCGCCCUGAUGGAUAGCUAUAAACAGCCUUCAGCUUUUAUAGUCACCCAGCAUCCUUUGCCAAACACAGUCAAAGAUUUCUGGAGACUGGUCCUGGAUUAUCACUGCACAUCUGUAGUUAUGCUAAAUGAUGUGGAUCCUGCCCAGUUGUGUCCACAGUACUGGCCAGAAAACGGAGUACACAGACAUGGCCCCAUCCAGGUGGAGUUUGUUUCUGCUGAUCUAGAAGAGGAUAUCAUCAGCAGGAUAUUCCGUAUUUAUAACGCAGCCAGACCCCAAGACGGAUAUCGGAUGGUGCAGCAAUUCCAGUUCCUAGGCUGGCCGAUGUACAGGGACACCCCAGUGUCCAAGCGCUCCUUCCUGAAGCUCAUUCGCCAGGUGGACAAAUGGCAGGAGGAGUACAACGGCGGGGAAGGCCGCACUGUCGUGCAUUGUCUGAACGGGGGAGGCCGCAGUGGGACGUUCUGUGCCAUCAGCAUCGUCUGCGAGAUGCUCCGGCACCAGAGAACCGUGGACGUCUUCCAUGCUGUGAAGACACUGAGGAACAACAAGCCAAACAUGGUGGACCUCCUGGAUCAGUACAAGUUCUGCUACGAGGUGGCCCUGGAAUACUUGAACUCUGGCUGACGGCAUACAUGGCUCCGCAGACAUGCCCCUGCCUACCACAAAGCCGAGGCACUCCGUGAUAGGUGCGUAAAAGAGGAGAAGACUUCUCGAUAUGCUUAUUUUGCUUCGCGUAAUUGGCUCUUUGUAAGAGCCUACGAAAAUGUUUAUAAACUGCUUGCCCUGCCCAAUUCCCAGCAAUGCUGCCGCUGACAGACAUGCCCUCAGCCUCCAGCCGUCAAACACCGCACCCUCAUCACGGCUUGCAGCGCAGGCAUCUGGCCAAGAAGAGCACAAUUAUAUUCUUAUGAAGGAAUUUGUACCUUUGGGGUAUUAUUUUGUGGCCCGUGAUCCUUUGUUAUUGUUACAGCUGAGUGUCUGUUUGUGUUCUGUGGAGAAUGCUACCUGGCAUUAUAAUAUAUUAUUUUAGGUAAUAUUUGUAUUUUAACAUGUUGCAUAAUAUAUGCUUAUAUAGCUUUCCAGGACUAACAGAUAAAUGUGUAAUGAACAAAGAUAUGUUGUACGAGUUGUCGUUUCUAUCAGAUUUGUAUUGUUUCCAAGGGAAAGGCUUGGGAGGGCUUAACUGAAAAACGCAAAACCCUUCGAUCAGAUUCACAGAUCCAAAGCUUUCCCAUUUGUUUAUAUUGUAAAUAUUUUUGAUUUCAUCAAAUUAUUUAUUCAUUAAAAGAAAUUUUUGUGAAGCA